AUGCGAGGAACCGCGUCGACAUUUAUGCUCUCUCGCUUGCUCUCUAUCACUCGCCAUCUUCCUGCAGUCUCUCAUCCUUCUCGGCGCAUGUCUACCACAUCAGUCUCAGAAUUCGACUUUCCCUUGUCGCCGGUUCCUGCGAACCCACUCGGUAAGGGGCGGUAUAUAAAGACGGCAGCAGCGCUUAUCAUCGGGGAUGAGAUUCUGAACGGAAAAACGCUGGACAAGAAUUCAAACUACUUCGCUCGUUAUUGCUUUGAGAAUGGAAUAGACCUCAAGAAGAUUGAGGUUAUCCCCGACGUGGAGGAAGAUAUUAUCGAGGCAUCCCGGAGGAUGGUGCAGAAGUAUGACUUUGUCAUUACUUCUGGUGGAAUUGGCCCCACCCACGACGAUAUUACCUAUGCAUCCCUUGCCAAGUCUUUCAAUCAAUCGCUUGCCUAUCAUGACGAGACAUUACGCCGUAUGGCUGCCAUGAGUAAGAAUCGCCCUUGGGUAACGCAACAAACGGAAGAGCAGAAGAAGGCGCGAGAUCGCAUGGCCCUGUUUCCCGACUGCGCUGAGGUUUUGUUCAUUGCGAAGGACAUUUGGGUGCCAGUGAUCCGGUUAGAGGGAAAGCUAUGUGUGUUUCCAGGCAUCCCUAGUUUAUUCCAGAAGAUGUUGGAUGGCUUGACGCCCUUCUUACCUUUUCCACCUGCGAGCGAGCGUCCAUUCCGGCAGCAAGUUUUUACAUCAUUACCCGAGUCAUCGAUCGCGCCAUACUUGACGUCCUUGCAAGAGCGUGUCAAGAGCGAAGGGGUCCGUGUUGGCUCGUACCCACUCCUCAUGAAAGGCGUGUAUGUUUCGCUCAUCGGACUUGAUGAGAAACGGGUCAGGAUUCUGAGUGAAGAGGUUGGGAAGGAAAUUCAGGGCCGGUUAGUGAGUGAGGCGGAGGUGAGGGAGUGGAAGGCUGAUAAAUCUCCAUAAACUCCCUACCUUUUCCGUCUUCUUUUUCUAUCUUCGGCUCUGCACAGUAUCUGAGUUUCGAGAC